AUGGCGGAAGGAACUCCUGCAUUCACCAUUGGCAUGGGGAACAUACAGACUAUUUCAGAUGCUUACUGCUACAAGCAGUUUGACAAGCGGCAGACGAAUCACAUACCGUGCUCCAAGGAACACUUUUUGGAUCAGCUGCGUUCACACUUCCAGAGCGGAAUGGCGAAGCUCGCCGACGGAUACGCUCCUUUUUGCAAGCACCUUUUUGUGAGGAACUUCACAGAAGCCCUUACGGGCUUUCUGCCUAUUACAGCGGACAAUGAGCAUUUACUGAGAUCGGGUUAUAUCGCACGGACCGAGAAGGAAUUACCGGUACUUUCUCGGUGGUUCCCCAGAGCAGCCGUGGCAGACAAGGUUGGGCCAGCGAAGUACCUCGACGUUAUCCUAUACUCCCGCGAACAAGUAAUCAAGGAGAAUGAGGCUAGGCAGGAAGGUCACGAAGGCGAUUACGAGUUCGACUACUACGUCAUCUCGAUUAAGCCUCAAGACGUAGAUCACGAGAUACCCAUGCUGCCAAUUACGAUGUUCCGCAAUACCAUGAUCACGGAGGGUGGCAGCGGUGUUGGGCUCGACCGCGACGCCUACCUUAAGUCGGUCGCUUUCUGGCAGAACCACGCUAUCAUCGCAGACCACGCAUAA